AUGCCUCAACUACUCACAGGCACACACCCCUACUUACCUCCACCACCAAUCCACCACCACCACCACCGCUUCAAACCUCUAAUCACAGUCUCCUCCAACAACCGCUUCAAUUUCGCAGCAAAUCGAAUCGCUCUAUCCUACUCUAAGCGCAUUCUCUUACCAUCUCCGUUAAAGUCAGCAUCCAUCAACGAAGUCUCCGUCCAGAAUAAUCCAGAAGCUUCCAGUAUUUCUGAUGAAGUCCUCGGCAGAAUACGAGAAUUGGUUAAGUUCCUUCCUUCAAUUUUUCCCGGAGGAGCCUGGUGGAACUUCUCCGAUGAGGUGGAUGCUUCGAUUUUCGGUCAACCGGUUACGGUCUGGUACGCUUUGGGUAAAAUGUGGAACCUUGUUGCUCGUGAUAGAUGGGUCAUUUUCGCUGCUUUCGCUGCUCUCAUCAUUGCAGCAGUUUCGGAGAUUUCAAUACCACAUUUUUUGACAGCUUCAAUAUUCUCAGCUCAGGGUGGGGAUACUACGGUUUUUCAUAGGAAUGUGCGGUUAUUGAUUCUCUUGUGUGGUAUUUCUGGAAUAUGCAGUGGGAUUCGAGGUUGCUUUUUUGGCAUUGCAAACAUGAUUCUGGUUAAGAGAAUGAGAGAAACAUUAUACUCUUCCCUCCUUCUUCAGGAUAUAUCAUUUUUUGACAAUGAAACAGUAGGAGAUUUGACAAGUAGACUUGGGGCAGAUUGUCAGCAAGUUUCAAGGGUUAUUGGAAAUGAUCUUAACUUGAUAUUGCGCAAUGUCCUUCAGGGAGGAGGUUCAUUAAUCUACUUAUUGAUUUUGUCUUGGCCACUUGGUUUAUGUACGUUGGUGAUAUGCUCCAUAUUAGCAGCGGUCAUGUUACGUUAUGGAAGGUACCAGAAGAAGGCAGCAAGGUUGAUCCAAGAAGUCACUGCUUCUGCUAAUAAUGUAGCUCAAGAGACAUUCUCUCUUAUUAGAACUGUUCGUGUUUAUGGAACAGAAGAAGAAGAACAGGGAAGGUACAAAUUGUGGCUGGAAAAAUUAGCAGACAUAAGCUUGCGACAAAGCGCUGCAUAUGGAUUUUGGAAUUUUAACUUCAACACUCUUUAUCACUCAACUCAGGUUAUUGCCGUGCUGUUUGGAGGAAUGUCUAUUCUAGCGGGUCAUAUUACAGCAGAGAAACUUACUAAGUUUAUACUAUACAGUGAAUGGUUAAUUUAUUCAACCUGGUGGGUGGGUGACAAUAUAUCCAAUUUGAUGCAGUCAGUUGGAGCUAGUGAGAAAGUGUUCAACUUAAUGGAUCUCUUGCCUAGCAGCCAAUUUAUAACAGAAGGAAUGAGGUUGCAAAGUUUAACGGGGCAUUUGGAGUUUGUAAAUGUAUCUUUUCACUAUCCUUCGAGGCCAACGGUGUCUGUAGUGCAACAUGUAAACUUUGUUGUCAAUCCUAGCGAGGUGGUUGCCAUUGUUGGUCUUAGCGGCAGCGGAAAAAGCACAUUGGUGAAUCUUUUGCUCCGUCUCUAUGAGCCUACAAGUGGUCAGAUUUUGGUAGAUGGUGUCCCUCAUAAAGACUUGGAUGUCAUGUGGUGGAGAGAGAGAAUCGGAUAUGUGGGACAGGAACCAAAGCUAUUCCGGAUGGAUAUUAGCUCGAACAUCAGAUAUGGAUGUACCCGAGAUGUAAAGCAGGAGGAUAUUGAGUGGGCUGCGAAGCAGGCCUAUGCUCACGACUUUAUCUCAGCACUUCCUAAUGGUUAUGAAACACUUGUUGAUGAUGAUCUUUUAAGUGGCGGACAAAAGCAGCGAAUUGCUAUCGCUAGGGCCAUUCUUAGGGACCCAAAAAUAUUGAUUCUUGAUGAAGCCACUAGUGCAUUGGAUGCUGAAAGUGAACAUAACGUGAAGGGUGUUCUUCGAUCUGUUAGAAGUGAUUCUACAUCAAGGAGAAGUGUCAUAGUCAUUGCACACAGGCUUUCUACCAUACAAGCUGCUGACAGGAUUGUGGUUAUGGAUAGGGGUCAAAUUGUUGAGAAUGGAAGUCACAGGGAACUUCUCUUGAAAGACGGUUUAUAUGCUCGGUUGACUAGAAAACAAGCUGAUUCGAUGGAGUGA